UCAAUCUCUCUGUCACCCAUCAUCUUUCAUUCUUCUUCACAGCUCCGCACUUUAUCAUUUUAGUUUUAGCAAAACGCUUAUAAUUUUCCAACAAAAUGCAUUCCGAUUUGAAUCCAGAGGCACCAGAAUUUUAUCCCCAUUUGGCAUCAGUGACUAAGGGUGGUUAUUCCACCAUGAACAAAACAAUCAAAUCUUCAAACCAGUUGCCAGCCGGUGCUUCCCAUGAGAUGUUCAAAACAUUCACAAAUUUCAACAUUGUCAAAAGCAAGUUAAGUGAAAAUGUUGUUAUGCAAUCAAACCAAAUCGUCAUAACAGAGCUACCUACUGUGAAGUUGAAAGUAAAUGAAUUAGAGUACAAUAUUGAGAAAAUAAUAGACGUGAAUGACUCUUUGCUGGACCGCGUGAACAUAAACAUUGAUACAGAGAGUGGUGUGAACAAGCCCGACAAUUUGGCCAACACAGUGCGGAGCGUGUCUUCGUGGAAUAAUGCACCGAUCAUUGCCAAGAUAAAGAUGGGAUCCACGACGUUUAUUGGCGCCAAGAAUAUCCCACGUCCACAGUUAUCAUUCAAAGACACCAUAGACAACUCUGAGAGUUUGUGGGUGCCAACAAUAUCAGACAAACCAAACAGUAUCAAGUCACUCGCACUUAAUAUUAUAUAUAACGACGAAGGAGAAGCCAUCGGCUACGAGCAUCCAUACAAAGUGGAAUUGGACCUGUACCACCCGGCUGCUGAGUUCAUUGACCCCGACCCCUCGCCGCCCCAAUUCCCUCCCCCGCUUGGGGACACCAAGCUCACGUACGUGGACACUGAGCACCAACUUGACGACCUGGUCAAGCAUUUGGAGGAAGUGAAAGAACUAGCUGUUGAUGUUGAGCAUCAUUCGUACAGGACAUAUCAAGGCAUAACGUGUCUGAUUCAAAUCACGACGACCGAAGGGGGGGAUUUUAUUAUCGAUGUAUUAGCUCUGAGAGAACACAUACACAAGCUGAACAUAAUUUUCACCAAUCCGAAAAAGCUAAAAAUUUUUCACGGCGCAGAGUCCGACGUAGUGUGGUUGCAGCGCGAUUUCGGCGUUUAUAUCGUGGGUAUGUUCGACACACACCAAGCUGCGCGCACGCUCAAAAUGUCAUCCCUGGCCUUGAAGUAUUUGCUGCUCAGGUACUGCGGCGUCAACGCGGACAAACGUUAUCAAUUGGCGGACUGGCGUAUUCGGCCUCUGCCUGAGGAGCUAAUAGAGUACGCUCGCAUGGACACCCACUAUCUCAUCUACAUCUGGCACAUGAUGAAGGCGGAACUCCUCCAGGGCGGCGACCACCUGCUGCUUGCCGUGUUCGAGCAGUCGCGACAGAUCUGCGGCACGACAUACAACAAGAAGGUAGUGCGCGACGACAGCCACAUGCCGCUGUACGUGCGCUCGAAGAAGUCCUUCAAUACCAGACAGAUGUCCGCACUCAAGAUGCUGUACAAGUGGAGAGACGCGCAGGCGCGGCUACUCGACGAAAGUACCACCUAUCUGCUCCCGAACCACAUGCUGCUGUCGCUGGCGGAAACUCUCCCGCGGGAAGUGCAAGGGGUGCACGCGUGCUGCAACCCCAUGCCGCCCUUCGUCAAGCAGAACCUCAUCGCCCUGCACAGGAUGAUACUGUCGUGCCGCGAGUUGCCAGUGGAGCCCCAGCUGUACCAGAUGCCGAGCAGCCUGCGCACCAUGGUGACAGUCUCACAACAUCUGGCCGCCAACUACCAAGUCCACGACUUCUCCCAUCACCCCGACUUCAGUGAAGAUACACGCACAAGCUUUGAUAUCAACGAGUACAUUGCAAGCGAGCUCCCGAUGCAACCCGAAGUGCAAGCCUUCAAGACCACGUACAAGACAUAUUGCGGCAUUGUGUCUGAUUUGAACGUGGAUGCAAAGUUAUUCAUUCCGCCGUAUGACCGUUACAGAAAGUAUCGUUCGCUUGCUCAGAUGGAAGAGAUGAAAGAAUUCAAAGACAAGGAAGCAAAAAUUACCGCUUUAGGAAAAGGUGAUGAACUAAUCAAAACUGAGGUGCUUUCCAAGCUGCAACUAGCUAAAGCGAAGAUCGAAGAUGUCAUGAAUGUUAAAGAGACAGACUCUGAAGUUGUGAUUAUAGAUGACGAAACUCAAGAGACGAAAACUAAACGCAAACGAAAAAUAUCAAUGGAUAAGUCGGAACGCAACGUCGACCUUACGAAGAGAGAUUUCAAAAAAGGCCACAAGAAGGCCGAGGCCAAAAACGACGUGAAACCCUUCCAGUACAAGAAUGUCAACUACAGGAAGUUUUACAAUGAAAAUGACAUGGAAAAGGCGCGACCUAAGAUGAAGUUUAAAAAACAUAAAUAGUUAGCUAUUGUGAAGUUUUUUUUAUUUAUUAAGCGAAUCUAUGCAUACAUAUAGUCCCUUUUAAUGCA